GCUGAUGCAGAAUAAGGACUAACUGUUCAUCCUGUUGAGAUGUCUUGUAGUCCAUCGUUAACAGAACCGGCACUUUCCAACUCUGAGAUACAAGGAUCCGCAAAAAUGAGAAGAAAUGAUGCUACUUCCAGAGGUUUGGUUCUUCUUUCUGAUGAUCAUGAAAGUGAACAGUCAAAAUCUAUUCAAAGAAAGAGAGUGCUUCCAUCUUGGAUGCUGGAAAGAGAUCUCCUGGGUCGGGGGAUUUCUGAGCCUGUAAUGAAAGGAGGUAGUAGAAUGAAAAAAGGCCAAGGAACGGGAGAGAGUAAUGUGGAGUCAUUAAAAUCAGAAGUAAAUGUGCAGCAGAAAAAAAGAUUAGCUUCUGAAGAAACUAUGGAGGAUUUCAGAGGUGAAGAGCAAGAUCAAGGGAAAAGAAGCUGUCUUUCCAUCCCUGUCCCUUCAUCUCAGGAAGGGAUUCCUGAGCCUGAUGCAAAUCUGGAUGAUGAGACUGAGAUUUCUGAUUCAACCAGAAGUGCAGAUGCUGCAGAAAGCUCCAACCAGAUCAAGCCUAAGAGGACACCUUGCAUGUAUGGAACAGGCUGUUACAGGAAGAAUCCCAUUCACUUUCAGCAGUUCAGUCACCCUCACGAUGAUGACUAUCAUGAAACGGAGACUGUAACUCAGGAUAAUGAUGAUGACCGGCCAGAAUGUCCAUAUGGAACGGCUUGCUAUAGGUAA